UAUUUUUUUCGUUUAAAAAACCAUGCGGUGUGAAUUUGAAGGUUAAGACUAAUUAGAAGUAAAAUAAUUAUUCGUAAAAUAAGUAAUAAAAAUCAAGAUGCGUCCGAAAGUGAAUACAUGGAUAAACUGGUCCGCAAAAGAAUUAGAUGAUUUAGUAAAUCAAAAAAAUUCAUGUGUUUUCAAAGAAACAAUAAAAAAACACAUUCCAAUGUACUCAGUUCAUUUGAGUGAUGUUAGAAAAUCUUUCAAAGAUAUUUUAAAUUCAUCGAUAAAUACUUUCGAUUCAAGCUUCGAUGGGCUUUUAAUUUCUUAUCAAAACCCAACAAUAUUGUGCCCGCUGACUCAGAUGUUUUACGAUAUUCAAUUCGUCCACGUCGACCUUCAAGCUGAUUUUUACAUAUUUCGACCAACAGUUGAUAGUAUUCUUACUGGUAUUGUUAACAAGAAAGAAACAAAUUAUAUUGGUGUGUUGAUGCACAAAACUUUCAACGUUUCCAUCACAAAACGAUCAGAUGACGAGUAUUGGCUUGGACAUAAUGUUUUCGUCGGUGACAAAGCAACAUUUCGUGUCACCCAGGUCGAUUUAAAAGCCAAAGUUCCAUUUAUUCGAGGCGAGCUGCUGUCAAGUGAAACUACCGAAAAUGAUGAACAAAUGGAUUUUGCUGAGGAAGAAAUCAAUGAAGAAGGAGGAAAUGAACGUGAUAGCGGAUACCAAGAGUCUGAGAAUGAAACUAAACCUUCUAAAUCUAAAAUCAUCAAUGGUUUCCUUGCUGGAGAAGGUAGUGAUGAGGAACAUACGCGUAAAGCCAAGAAAAAAAAGAUUAAAAGUCCUGAUAAAACUUUACAAGUAAAAAAUGAACACUUAUCUGCUGCGUCACCAAUUAAGGUGGCUAAAAAAAGAAAACACGAUCAUGAUAAUGAUGGUGUGAGUCCUAAGAAAGAGACUCAGACGAAAGUCAAACGAUUAAAAGUCGAUGAUCAAGUUAAAGAGGAAGAAGAACAAAGAAAUAUGCAAGAGGAGUUGUUAGCAAGUCCUAGUCAUUCGGUAACUGGCAGUGAUAAGCCAAGGAUCAUUUAUGACCAAGUGUUGCCUAGUAGGAAUAGUAUUAAGCUGGAAAAUAAUGUUGAAAAGAAAACUAAGAAAAAGAAAGCGAGUCAUGAUAUUUCUGAGAGUGACGAAGAUCAAUCAUCGCAAUCUAGCAAAAUAAUUAGUCAAGAAAAAGAGGAAAAGGAUGAUGAAGAUGAUGAUGUACCACAUGACCACAGCCAAUAUUUUAGAGAUAAAGAAUCACCAAUUCCUAGCAGUGAUGACGAACAAAAAGCUCCUAACGUGGAAGAAUCUAUUAAUGAAUUUUCUGAAAAGAAAUUUGAGAGUAAAGAUGGAAAGAAAAGUAAUAAAAAGACACAGAAUGUUACUAACAGUCAAGAAAAUCAAUCUCAGUCUCGUGAAACUGGAAGUCAAGAAGAAAAUGAUGAUGAUGAUGAUGAUGAUGAUAUGCCCCGUGAUCACAGCCAAUAUUUUGGACAUAAAGAAUCAAUUCCUAGUAGUGAUGACGAGCCAGAAACUCCUGUGAAAGAAUCUGUUGAUAAAUCUCCUCAAAAGAAACGUGAAAACAAGGAUGAAAAGAAAAGUAAGAAAAAUAAGGCAGAAAUUGGUACCAGAAGUCAAGAAGAUCUAUUCCAGGUACAAUCGCAGUCUCGUGAAACUUAUAGUCAAGAAGAGAAAAAUGAUAGUGAUGGUGAUGAUGAUGAUGAUGAUGACAUGCCACAUGAUCACAGCCAAUAUUUUGCACCUAAAGAAUCAGUUCCUGCGAGUGAUAACGAAGCAGAAGUUCCUGAGAUGAAAGAAUCUAUUGAUAAAUCUCCCAAAAAGAAACUUAAGGAUGAUUGUAAGAAAAAAAGCCAGAGAAAAAUGGCAGAGGGUGCUAUCAAGAAUAUGGAAAAUCAAUCACAGUCUAGUAAGGUUGGUAGUCAAGAGGGAGACGAAGAUGAUUUUCCGCGUGAUCACAGUCAGUUUGUUCGUGAAAAAUUACUCACUCCUAAUGAUGAUUUUGAACCGAAAAUUCCUGAGGCGAAAGUCAAAAAACCGGUUGUUAAAAGACCUAGAAAAAAGGUCGAGAAAGAAUCCCAAGAGAAGGUAGAGAGUGAAAAUGUUGUUGAGAAAAAGGUUCAAAAAAGAACCACGAAAAUAAAAGAACCUGUUGUUUUAACUCUCGAGGAUAUUGACAAGUUAGAAAAGUUGAGGGAAUAUUAUGCGGAAUCUAUCGAUCAAGCAGUUAUCAAAAUAUGUUCUGAGAAUUAUAAAGAAGAAGAAUUGGAAAAACAUACCGAUUAUGAAUUUUUGGAAGAUAAUUUUGAAGAGCUUCCAAAUUUUGAUACAGCUAAAAAAGAUAAAAUAUCAAAAUCUAAGGAGAUUAAAAAACCUAAGCCUCUAGGAAAUUCUACUAUUAUAGAAUCGCAAUUGGACUCACCAGGAUUUUCUCGGGUUCAAGAGCCAUCUGUAAGCCCUGUUAUCCCUGAAUUAAAAAUUAAGAAAUCAAAGACUAAGGAUGUUGUUCAAUCACAUGAGUUACAAUCAUCUGAGGAAACUGAUUCUGUAGCUAAAAAAGUUAAAAAGGCUAAGAAGCCUAAAGAGAAUACUUCUGAAGUUUAUACUGGAGUUAAUAUUUUAUCAAGUGACCAAGCGAUGCCUUCAAGUGUCAGAGUUAAUGAAGAACAAAAAAUUAAAAAAUCUAAGACUGUGGAAACAGUUCAAAAUACUGAACCGACUGCAAUUAAUGGUUCACUAGCAUCACCAGCAAAAAAUUCUAGAUCUCAAGAGUUAGAGAAUAAUAAUGAGGAACCUAAAAAAUUGAAGAAAUCUAAAAAAAUUGUUGAGGAAGAAAAAAGUUCAGAAAAAGUAGAGAAGAAUUGUAUGAUGCUGGCAAUAGAUAAAGUUUUAACAAGUGCAUCGAAAAAUUCUAUGAUACUUGGUGGAUUUUCAGACAGUGAUGAUGAUUUACCAGAUCAACCGAUUGUGUUGUCAUCUGUAAAAGUUGAGAAAAACAAUGAGCUUGUGAAUGGAGAGAUUAAGAAAUCGAACAAGUCUAAAAAGUCCAAGGAUAAAGAUUUAGGUUCUUCUAAUCAAACUUUUGAAGAGUCGAAUUUAGUAAAUGAUUCUGUGAUGAUAGACACUAGCACGAUAAAAGAGGAAAAGGAAAAGAAAAAGAAGAAAGUACCUGAAAUUAAUUCUGUAAUUGAGUCAGAAUCAAUUCUUUUGAAUCAGACAGGUCAAGAGAUUAAUUCAGUGAAUGAAUCUGUGGUGAUAAACACUAGCAGAAUUAAAGAAGAAAAGAAAAAGAAGAAGAAGAAGAAAACGUGUGAAUCUAACUCUGUGAUUGAGUCGGAGUCAACUCUUUUAAAUAAUACUGAGGUAGACACGAAUAUAGUUAAGCAGGAAUCGAAAAAGAAGAAGAAAAAGAAGUUACUCGAAGGUAUUGCGAAUCCUCUUAGUAAUUCUACGAUUAAUGACUCUCAGUUGGAUUCAUUUACUGAAUUAGAUGACAGUACUUUUAACUCAAGUGAGUUGCAAAUGAGUGUCAUUAAAAUUAAAGAAGAGCACAAAGGAAAAAAAUCUAAAGUUGCUGAUCCUUCUGGUAGUUCUACGAUUAAUGAAUCGGAACUCGAUUCAGUUGUUGAAGAUUCUUCAAGGUUACAGGGACUAGGAAACUCCGGUGAAGUUAGAACUAAAAAAUCUAAAUCUAAAGAGUUUAUCGAACCCCAAGUACCCCAAAAAGAAAGUGAGGGUAAAAAAAGUAAAAGUAAAAAAUCAAACUUUGAUGUAAACUUGAAAAUUAAAGAAGAACCAGCUUCCGACGCUGAAGGUUCUAAUAAAAAAUCUAAAUCGAAACAUAAAGACACGGAUAAAUCUAAUGUUAGUAAAAAAAUAACGAUAAAGCAAGAAGUCAUUAUUAAACAAGAAGAUAAAAAAUCUGGCAAGAGAAAAAAUAGAGAUGAUACUAUUAAUUUGAGUGAUGUUAAAUUCGAAGCAGGUUCGGAUGCUGAAGGCCCUGCUGCUAAGAAAAAAAUACAUAAAUUAGUAUUUACUGAAUAAGAUAAAUUUUUUAAUAUUUGUCAUGUUUUUAAAUAAGAUUAAUUAUUAAGAUAGCCAAAUUAACAGCUCACUGAAUAUAUAUUUAUGUAAAUAAUUAUAUUUUUUGUCUUUUAUUAUAAGUAUAUACAGUGUUGUAAGAACACUAUUGAUAAU